UUGAUGUUAAGAGGAACGAAAGUAGAGAAGGAAGGUUUUCGCGUCUACGAAAGUAGAGAGGAGGAGGACGAAGGAGAAAGCAGCGGGGUGUGUCGGUGUUUGAACGCCGAGUGGUGAAGAGCACCUUUCUCUUUCCUCGAGGUUUCGCGAAACCGAGUCGGAUGGAAGACUUGCCGGCCAAAUGGAGCGCGUGAUUUCUGCGCCGGUAUUUUUUCUACUUCGCGUCGUUCUCACUUAAGAGAAGCGCGAUUCGAGGUUCACGGUCUACGAAAGAAAGAAACAGGUUCAAGCUCAGCCGCUCAUUCGAGCCAUGCCCCGUCGUCCAGUCGUGGGCUACUGGAACGUGCGCGGCCUCGGCCAGUACAUCCGCAACCUGCUCGUCUACAAAGGCGUCGCCUUCGAGGACAAGUUGUACCGAUUCGGUCCGCCGCCGGACUUCGACCGCUCGCACUGGCACGGCGAGAAGUUCUCGCUGGGGCUGCAGUUUCCCAACCUGCCCUACUACAUCGACGGUGGCGUCAAGAUCACCCAGAGCUUGGCCAUCAUGCGAUACCUGGCCAGGAAGCACGACCUGGGCGCCAGGAACGAGGAGGAAACCCUGCAGCUUGAUCUCCUGGAGCAACAAGCCAGGGACUUGGCUUGGGGAUUGGCUAUGACUGCGUUCAACCCGACAUUCGACGAGGCCCGUAAGAAGUACGAGGAGAACUUGGUAAACGUGCUCAAGCCAUGGGCCGACCACCUGAAAAACCGCACGUGGGCGUUGGGCGACAGGCUCACGUACGUGGACUUUCUGCUCUACGAGGCCCUCGACUGGAACCACGAGUUCAACGCGGACGCAUUCUCCGGUUAUCCCAUGCUGCAACAGUACCUGAAGAGAUUUGAGGAGCUCCCGAACAUCAAGGAGUACUUCGCCUCCGAGAACUACAGCAAGUGGCCAAUCCUGGGACCCAUGGUAAAAUGGGGUCACUUCAAGGAAUGACCUCGUGAGAGCACAUCAGACUACAUAGACCUUGCACUGUGACUUUUCUUUUGUUUUGUAAACUGGUGACCUCCUGGAAUGGCGCCCUGGCUCUUGUAUACUGACAGCGCACACAAACAAUCGUGUGAAUUGUCACACGGUACCUGUCUCGGGGCUUAUUUCAGGCCACCUUGUCACGCUGCCAAGGGUGGGUGCUGCACUGAUGAACACCUUGUUUGAUUAGAGCUGCAGCAUUUGAGUGGUUUCACAGUUCACGACUUCGCUAAAGGAUAGAUGAUCUGAGUAUCCCGGCAUGUCCGUCACCACAUUCACUAAAGAUGUGCAGUUCGUCGCAAUUUGCAAACGGGGCAAAGACAAGUGCUGCACGGGCAGUGUCUAGGGUGUUCCUUUCCUUCGUGGCCCACUUGUGACUGUGGUUCUACACAUUAUACAUUCACUAGACACUCGCGCUUGCAGCCUCAUAUUCUGUGAACAUGUCAGUAAAGCCCUGGUCUCUGCAAGCAUGGACGGAACCUUACCCCAGUACCCCCUCCUCUCCCAACCCCUCCGUUUAAAUCCUACUCUAGAUUUUUAUGUAGCUCCAAAAUGCUCAAUGCACAGCUGUACUUGAUCUACGCAGCACGCAUGAGUACAGAACAUCCUGUUUCGCGAAGGACACAAGGUAACGAGGAGGGACGUUUGCUCCCCACUUCGCUUUAGUACAUAUAUGUACGACAGCGAACAGCACACAACGUGUCGACCAUUGAGUCAGCGCCACUUGAAAGCGAUCUUCUGGUCUACACGUCUGCCUAUAUAUAAAAAGGUUUGUCCUAGUCGUAAUUCAACACGUCGAGAACCAUCACCACGACCUUCUUUCUAUUCACCGAGCCACAGAACAAGGCGCAUCUCCGCCAAAGCGGAACGCCGUGCAAAUACCUAUGGCUCUUCUUUCCAAGAAACGAUGCAGCGGAUGAGGCCGCGCGUGCCACCUCACCGUAUCACGCUUCGAAAGACGUCGAAAACACAACAUUAUUUUCCUUAUGCGUCUCUUUAUCCCGAUAUGCAAUUGCGUGAAACGCGUGAGAUCAUUGUAGGAAAGAGUGAGUCGAGCGAAACAAACACAAGCAAAAAAAAAAAGAAAGAGAGAGGGGGAGCAGUGUGCUAUAAGAGCCAUAGAACGACCAGAUGAAAGGAAAAGGAAAAAAAAAAAAAGGAGGCUGCGAUAGUGUAUAUAAACGAAGCGGUGAAGGUCGUGGCACGUGCGCAUCGUUGAGCAGAGGCGGCGGCGGCGGCGCGCGAGACCGGAAAAACCUUGCACCAUUCCGGGCGCACGCAUUGUCGUGCUCACUCGCGCACAAAGCGACAGGUGUGUGCCGUAUCAACCCGCUCUUUAGGUGGACCUCGUCGGACGACCCGUGAAUACCACAACGCGUACUACGCUAUGCAACAUGCUAUAUUCCAUAUACGAUCCAACCUCGUCGUAGCGAAGUAACAUCAGAGCCAUCACUUAGUCCGUCAUUACUGAUAUUCGUUCUAACAGUAGAGAUAAAAAUGGGCUCUAACAAAUCGGCAAUUUGACUCGCUCAAAAAAUACUCGACACAAAAACGCACUUAUAUAGGCUUCUAACCCGCAAUAAGCGAGGUAAUCCUGACCUGUCUUCAUGUGGCAAUUCAAACUAUAGGGGUGUGCGAAUAUUCGACAAUUUCGAAUAACGAAUCGAAUAGCGUUCUCUUCGAUUCGGUACUCGAAUCGAACAGUGCGCGUUCGAAAUACCGAAUAUUUUUCUAAUAUUUUUGGAAUAAUCAGCAGCGACGAAAAAUGCUCGAAGGAACGAGACGUCGGAACAGCGAGGGGCAACUUUUCUUGUUUUCAUCAUCGAAGUACCCAGAUGCAUGCAGCCUAUGUACUUACGGCAAUAUCGUCGCUAUAUAUGCCAUAGAAUGGAGGCGUUUUUGCUUUAAUAUCCUGUGACGCCGAAGCGACAGUGUCAUCAAUCCAUUAUCCCCACCAUGACAUUCAUGAUGACGCUAACUCCUAAAAAUGGCUUAAUAUUUAUGUACAAGUGCCAUUUAAAAGCUGCUAACAAUGUACCACCUUGAAUACCGUAGUCACUGCUAUAUUUCAACCUGCAGUGACAAAAUAUAUACGAGUUUGCCUCAGUGUAAAUAAAUGGGGUAUUUCUUGUCGGUUAUAAGU